UCAAUUUAUAGUUGCUAUGUUAGUGAGUCCGUAACCUCCAGAGGGGAUAGUUAUGGAGCCCAGAUCCUUGGGUGUCAGUUAUACACUCAAUUGUUCUGUCUACCCAAUCGUUCUGCCAAUCCAUUCUGUGAUUCUUUGAAUAGAUUUUGCCCUUCUUUGGCUCUUAAUUCACAUUCUGCUUAGGUCUCAAGACUUUUGAUCCUGUCAGACACCUACAAAUUUCUCAUGCACUUCUUUGGCCUACAGAACUCCCACAGAGGAUACAAGUUUGAACCUGAGUUCAGAGGAUCUCUCACCUCUGGGCCUGGGCAUGACACCCCAACUACUAAAGUUAUAUAACUUUAUCUUCCUGAGUAGCAGUUCAUGGGUAAUGCUUUAAACUGGACAAAACAAAACAAACCAACGAAACCAAGACAUAGAAAUAACAUGUUACUUAGAGAAUUUGCUCUGGAUGUGCUCAGCUGUCUCUGACAAGUCAAGGAAGAAGCUGGAAAUGUGAUGGUCUCUGAGGAGGAAACUCAGUAUUCAGGGUUCAAGGGAAAGUGGGACUUACUUUAGCCCUUGAACGCCUUUUUUAAUCCUUGAGUUUUUACUUCUUUAAUGCAUUUCAUUAGGUUUUCCAUGAAAAAGUCAUUCCAACCCCUCAGGAAUGCUGGUCCCAUUUGAACCGUCUGAAAAGCACCUGUGUCUGCGCAAAUAUCAGUUCGCUUCUCUGAAAGGUAUUGUCCAGAUGUUGGAUCUUCCCAUGCCUCUACCGGGCUGUCCUCAUCUCCCCGAGACCGGCUUCCCAGAAGAAGCUCCACCUCUGGCUCCCAGGGCUGGGGAAAUGGGCGGGUCCAGACCAGUGGCCCCUCCUACAGCGCCCAGGUGCUCUAGCCAGUGCACUCCUGCAAUCUCGGGAAGAAGCCCAGGCUGCGGAGUUUGGGAGGCGGAUGGGGAGGGGCUUACCAAAAGCCCUUGAAAUAAGGCCCUGGCCAAGCCGCAACCGCCGCAACUGAUACUAACCUUGGCCUUCUUGGUUUACAGCUUCACGGCCGCUAGCAGCAAGGCCUACUGCAGCAUGGCCACUCCUAAACGGUUUCCGACGCUCGUACAGCUGGAACAGAGAGAAGGGACGCUAUUCGAGGUGCUCGGUAACCUCACCAAGCGACCCUAUUGGUUCCACUCCGAGUACCUGAAGAGUCCGAAGGCUGUUCACCUCGAGGCGUGGCUGGUGGAGGCGAUCUUCGGUCGGGGAGGAGAGCACAUACCACACGUCGAGUGUGUGUCACAGACCCUGCUUCACGUUAAUCAUUGGGACCCCGAGGGCGAGGCUGAGAUCUUGAUAUUUGGUCGGCCCUAUUACCAGAAAGAUGUAUCCAAGAUGAUCAUGAAUUUGGCUGACUAUCAUCGCCAACUCCGGGCACAAAGCUCAGAGAAGGCCCCUGCCCAGGAUGUAGGGACGCAGCGGUCCCUCGACGCUGUCCCGGAGGCGGGGACCCAGAGCUCUCCAAAGUCUGUCCGGGAGGCGGCGACCCAGCGGUCCGACGACCCAGCUCCGCAGGUGGCGAGCCAGAGCUCUCCGAAGUCUGUUGAGGCGGCGACCCAGAGAUCCCCCCACGCUGCCCGAGAGGUGGCGACCCAGAGCUCUCCGAAGGCUGUCCGGGAGGCGGCGACCCAGCAGGACCCCAAUGCUGUCCGGGAAGCGGCGACCCAGCAGGACCCCAAUACUGCCCAGGAGGUGGCAACCCAGAGCUCUCCGAAGGCUGUCCGAGAGGCGGCGACCCAGCAGGACCCCAGCGCUGUCCGGGAGGCGGCGACCCAGCAGGACCCUGGCGCUGUCCGCGAGGCGGCGACCCAGCGUUCCCCCGGCGCUGUCCGCGAGGCGGCGACCCAGCGUUCCCCCGGCGCUGUCCGCGAGGCGGCGACCCAGCAGGACCCCAGCGCUGUCCGGGAGGCGGCGACCCAGCGUUCCCCCGGCGCUGUCCGCGAGGCGGCGACCCAGCAGGACCCCAGCGCUGUCCGGGAGGCGGCGACCCAGCGUUCCCCCGGCGCUGUCCGCGAGGCGGCGACCCAGCAGGACCCCAGCGCUGUCCGGGAGGCGGCGACCCAGCGUUCCCCCGGCGCUGUCCGCGAGGCGGCGACCCAGCAGGACCCCGGCGCUGUCCGCGAGGUGGCGACCCAGCGUUCCCCCGGCGCUGUCCGCGAGGCGGCGACCCAGCAGGACCCCAGCGCUGUCCGGGAGGCGGCGACCCAGCAUUCCCCCGGCGCUGUCUGGGAGGCGGCGACCCAGCAGGACCCCGGCGCUGUCCGCGAGGCGGCGACCCAGCGGGACCCCGGCGCGGUCGGCGAGGCGGCAACCCAGCGCUGCCUGGAUGCUACCUAG